AUGCUGGAUUCCGCGCAGAGGAAGCUCUACAGAGAGGUGAUGCUGGACACCUGGGCGAACCUGGCCGCCCUGGGAGCCUUGAAGAACCAAAGUUCUGAUACAGGCAUUGACGAUGGCACACUUUCCCCAAUGGAAACCUCUCGGGCCACCAGUCCUUCCCCAUGGGACUCAGUGGUCUUUGAGGAUGUGGCCGUGGACUUCACCCUGGAGGAGUGGGCUUUGCUGGAUUCUGCUCAGAGGGAACUGUACAGAGAAGUGAUGCUGGAAAACUUGAAAAACCUGGCCUCAGUGGAUGAUGAGACUCAAUUUAAAGCCAGUGGGUCAGUUUCUCAGCAGGAUGUUUAUGGGAAUAAAAUAUUCAAGGAACAUAAAAUAGCAAAGUUCACCAGAAAUGAUUCCUGGGCCUCUGUUUUAGGGAAAAUUUGGGAAGAAUUUAGCACUGAAGAUCAGCACACAAAGCAGGGGAGACAUCUGAGAAAUCAUGUGGUGGAGAAACUCUCUGAAAGUAAUGAUCAGUGUGGGGAAGGCUCCGGUCAGAUUCCAAAUCGUAAUCUGUACCAGAAAACUCAUACUGGAGUAAAAGAGUAUGGAUGUCGUGCAUAUGGAAAAGUCUUUGUGCCUCAUUCCUCCCUCAAGAGUCAUGUCGCCAUGCACACUGGAUACAAGCCGUAUCAGUGUCAGGAGUGCGGGCGGGCCUAUAGUUGUCGAUCACACCUACGAAUGCAUGUGAGGACCCACAACGGAGAGAGAACCUAUGAGUGUAAAUCAUGUGGAAAAACCUUUCCUCGUACGUCGUCCCUCAACCGGCAUAUAAGGAUCCAUACUGCCGAGAAGACUUACGAAUGUCAGCAGUGUGGGAAAGCCUUCAUUGAUUUUUCAAGUCUUACUAGUCAUGUGAGAACUCACACUGGAGAGAAGCCCUAUAAAUGUAAAGAAUGUGGGAAAGCCUUCAGCUAUUCCUCAACUUUUCGAAGGCACAUGAUAACACACACUGGAGAGAAGCCCUAUAAGUGUCAGGAAUGUGGGGAAGCCUUCAGCUAUUCCUCAACGUUUCGAAGACACAUGAUCUCACACACUGGGGAGACACCACAUAAAUGUAAGGAAUGUGGAGAAGCCUUUAGUUAUUCCUCAGCUUUUCGAAGGCACAUGAUAACACACACUGGAGAGAAGCCCUAUGAAUGUAAACAGUGUGGGAAAACCUUCAUUUACCUGCAGUCCUUCCGGAGACACGAAAGGAUUCACACUGGAGAGAAACCCUAUGAAUGCAAACAAUGUGGGAAAACCUUCAUUUAUCCCCAGUCCUUCCGAAGACAUGAGAGGACUCAUGGUGGAGAGAAACCCUACGAAUGUAGCCAGUGUGGGAAAGCAUUCAGCCAUCCCUCAUCCUUUCGAGGACACAUGAGAGUGCACACUGGAGAGAAACCUUACGAAUGCAAUCAGUGUGGAAAAACUUUCAACUGGCCCAUAUCCUUAAGAAGACAUAUGAGGACACACACGAGAGAGAAACCCUAUGAAUGCAAACAGUGUGGGAAAGCCUUCAAUUUGUCUGCUUGCUUUCGGGAACAUGUGAGAAUGCAUCCUGGAGAGAAAUCGUAUCAAUGCAAGCUAUGUGGGAAAGCGUUCUAUUGCCACAUAUCCUUACAAAAACAUAUGAGAAGGCACACCGCAGAGAAACUCUACGAAUGCAAGCAAUGUGGCAAGGCUUUCAGUUGGCCUGAACUUUUGCAACAGCAUGUGAGAACACACACUGCAGAGAAACCCUAUGAGUGUAAGGAAUGUGGGAAAGUCUUCAAAUGGCCAUCGUCUUUGCCGAUACAUAUGCGAGUGCACACUGGAGAGAAACCUUAUGACUGUAAGGAGUGUGGGAGAGCCUUCAGUUGUUCCUCGUCCUUAAGAAGACAUGUACGAAUACACACCACAGAGAGACACUGCUUGGGGGAUGCGGGAAAUUCUCCUGCAAAGGAAUUCAUGCCUCAUGCAUCAGGAAAUCCACACCAGGAGAGAAAUCUUAUCAAAGCUGUAAAUAUGGUACUGCCCUUGUGAGUACCUCAUCAAAGUGGACCUUUGGGGCGUGUAUCUCCAGUUCUGUUUACAGAUAGCGCUCCAAGUACUCUUUCAGCUGUCAUUUCAAAUUUUGCAGGUGGUGUUUUUUCCCUACAUUUCCAUAAUUAAACCUGCUAUCUUUAUGGUUUGUUGGACUCAUGGUGAUUUGAAGUGUAUUUUUAAUAUGUAGGUAAGUUUUAAUUUCUUUGAAUUCUUUAAGGGGUUUUUGGAACAAUGGCAUUUUGGUAUUUGUUGGGAUUUUCUUACUAGCUUAGUGUGGCAGAUACUGGAUAUUACCCGUUAUAUGUUUUCUGCCUUACUGACAAUCUAUUUAUUUUGGCCAGAGGAA